GAGGUGUGAUCUGUGAUAACAACCCAGACCGUGCUGUGUCUGCCAGGCUGCGCCGCUGAUGGGUGAAGGCAAUUCUCCUGCCCAGUGUGUGUCUCCCCAGAAGGCUGCACCAAGGCGUGGGCUGUGGAAGGAGGGCAGAUAGUCCUUUCACUGAUGGUUACUUAAAGCUGUGGUGCCUCUUCUUCUGUCCCAGACUGUGGCUUAACAAGUGCUCUGGCCUUCAGCAAGAUCGUGGGUGGCAGCACCGCGGCUCGAGGAGAAUGGCCAUGGCAAGUCAGUCUCUGGCUUCGGCGGAAGGAGCACAAAUGCGGGGCCGUCCUCAUCGCAGAGCGGUGGCUGCUCUCUGCAGCUCACUGCUUUGAUAUGAACACCUUUCCUGAAUGGCAUUGACGGCAAAAUGGAGAAAAUAUUCCGUAUCUACAAGCACCCUUUUUACAACGUCUACAGCCUGGACUAUGAUGUGGCGCUGCUGGAGCUGACCGUGCCCGUCAAGUUCAGCAACACCAUCAAACCCAUCUGUCUCCCAGACAAUUCCCACGUCUUCCAUGAAGGAGCCAGAUGCUUCAUCACAGGCUGGGGUUCCACGAAGGAAGGAGGGCUGAUGUCAAAGCAGCUGCAAAAAGCAGCGGUGAACAUGAUCGGAGACCAGGCCUGCAAGAAGUUCUACCCCGUGCAGAUCAGCAGCAGGAUGGUGUGUGCCGGCUUCCCGCAGGGCACUGUCGACAGUUGUUCUGGUGAUGCUGGUGGGCCCCUGGCGUGUAAAGAACCCUCAGGGAAGUGGUUUCUAGCAGGAAUCACCAGCUGGGGCUAUGGCUGUGCCAGGCCGUACUUCCCUGGUGUUUACACCAAAGUCACAGCUGUCCAGGGCUGGAUUGCACAGAACCUCAAGCUUUGAAACUGCGUUUCACCACUCAGGGAAGGCGUCAGACGAGAGGAGUAAUUGCCAGAGGAUGCACUAACCCCUCUGCUGUCAUACGUGUGUUUUGAUGCUGCGAAGGCGUGAAGAUGACCUGCAGGUACUGAGCAAAUGCCAGUGUUGAGUGACUCUGCAGUUUUCACCAGGGCAUUUGAUAACGGCUUUGCAUAGAAAGGCACAAUUCUAGACAUUUUCUAUAAAUAAAUGAGGCCUGUCCCAUCUUACGAGCUGGCCAAACAUCCUGCGCAUUAAAACGUGGCCUUUCUAGUUGGAGGGUGCCCGAAACAUCUACCAGAGAUCUGUGCAGUUUGGCUGCCCUCUGCCUAUGAGCUGGCGUAGAAUCAUAGAAUACUUCGGGUUGGAAGGGACCUUAAAGAUCAUCCAGAUCCAUCCCCCCUGCCAUGGGCAGGGACAUCCCACUGGCUCAGGCUGCCCAAGGCCCAUCCAACCUGGCCUUGAACACCUCCAGGGAUGGGGCAGCCACAGCUUCCCUGGGCAACCUGGGCCAGUGUCUCACCACUCUCAUCAUGAAGAAAUUCCUCUUUAUGUCCAGUCUAAACCUGCUCCUCUCCAGUUUAUACCCAUUGCCCCUUGUCCUAUCACUCCAAGCCUCUGUAAGCAUCCCAAAGCCAAGCCAAGACACAAGUGAACUCUGCCCCAAGCAUAGAGUUGUGUCUUCAGAUGCCACUUGAUGGAGCUGUUACGUUGUGUGAUGGCUUUUGGAUAAGUUCUGCUACCAUUUGCUUAGCACUAGGAAGCUCAGGGAGGAUCCCUGGCUCCCCAUUCCAUCACAAGAGAAAGUCGGACUAAAACACUUGGACUGAAAACUGCACUGGCCCUUGUCUGUAUUGGGGAAUCUGGACAGGCUUCUCCCACCCUCGCAGCUCCUGUUGUGCAAGAGAAGAGGUGAUUAAAUUGACAGAGGUUAAGGCUCAGCCCCAGAGCUCACUGUUCAGGUUAAGUGAAGCGGGAAGAGUUCAAAGUGCUGAGAUAGUGGCCCAAGGAAUAUAACUCAGGCCCUGCUGACCAGCGUGAGGCAUACAGACAUCUCUGUUCACAAGAAAAACUGCUCUAGAGCUCACGUGUCAAGUCUUGGGCAGCUCCUCGUAGAUUCAACCACCAAAACUGAACAGCAGUUUGUGCCCCUUCCGAGGCUUUGGCACUUGAGUUCUGUAUUUGGGUAAAGCAAGAGGUUUAGAAUCAUAGAAUCCAGCCCAACCCCACCAUGCCCACUGAACCAUGUCCCAAAGUCCCACGUUUACACAGUUUUUGAACCCCUCCAGGGAUGGGGACUCGCGCACUGCCCUGAGAACCUCUGCCAGGGCUUCACCACUCUUCCAGUAAAGAAACUUUUCAUAACAUCCAAUCUAAACCUCCCCAGGCAUAACUUGAGGCCAUGAGUUUCUUCUAUCCCAGCCCCACUGGCAGCGCAAUCCACCCCUUUCCCUGCGAGGGCAAGGCGCUUCCAGGCAUGGCUCAGCUCAAGAGAAGUUCAAGUCGGUGGCCGGAGCUCUUGGGGGAUGCUCCCAUCAAUGAAAGGGGCUGCUGCACGGCCAGUACCACAAAAUACACAGCCAUAAAGAAAAGGGAAAAGGCACCUAAGCAAACACAACUGGAAAGCACUUUAUUGUCAAGUAGUCGUUCCGCCUGGUCUGGAUGGAAACUCCAGUUCAGUUUGAAUUAGUCUAAAUAUCCAAUUACCUCCCAUUACCCUGCGUGAGAACACUUUGGUCCCUUCACAGAUACCACCACAUUGGGAGAUUAAAUCAUCGACUGGUUUGGGUUGGAAGGGACCUCAAAGCCCAUCCAGUCCCACCCCCUGCCAUGGCAGGGACACCUCCCACUGGAUCAGGGGCUCCAAGCCCCAUCCAACCUGGCCUGGAACCCCUCCAGGGAUGGGGCAGCCACCACUGCUCUGGGCAACCUGGGCCAGGGCCUCCCCACCUGUACAGCAAAACAUUUCUGCCUAAGAUCAUCUCAAUCUCCCCUCUUGCAGCUGAAAACCGUUCCCCCAUGUCCUCU